AUGGAGUCGAACCAGCAGCAGCCGCAACAAGAGGCCCCCGGCUCCCUCAGCUGGCGGUUGAGCUCGCACCCCAUCACCCUAUUGACCUUUCUUGCAUUUCGCAUAUCAAGCGUCCUCGUGUACUUCCUCGGACUAUGGAUCAUCAAGAGCAUGAUCAUGAUCUUCAUCAUCACUAUCCUCCUCCUCGCCGCCGACUUCUAUUAUCUCAAGAACAUUGCUGGUCGUAGACUCGUAGGACUGCGCUGGUGGAACGAGGUGGAUCCCCAGACGGGCGACUCGCAAUGGGUGUUCGAGAGCAGCGAGCCAGGAACGAAGACCGUCAACCCCACCGACAGCCGCUUCUUCUGGCUCGCUCUCUACGUCCAGCCGCUACUCUGGGUUCUUCUCGCCAUAUUUGCGCUGGUCAGACUGCAGUUCUUGUGGCUGCCGCUGGUUGUCAUCGCUCUCGUCCUGACCAUCAUGAACGCCAUGGCCUUCUCUCGUUGCGACAAGUUCAGCCACGCUUCUAACAUUGCUGGAAGCGCCCUGUACUCUGGUGGUCUGGCAGGGAGCAUUGCAUCCAAUAUGGUGGGCCGGCUGUUCAGCCGAAGUUAA